AUGGUAAAAAAAUUCAUAUUGGAGAUUCUUGAGCUGCAUGCAUGGCUUUCAUAUAUUAUAUCCUUCAACAAAGAGGUUCCUGAUAUAGUACUAGAUAAGAGAUCAACGGCAUACAAUAAAGGAAGAAUAUUUAUCCAUGGUGCAAAUGAGAGCACUGCAAAUGCAUACAGAAAUCAAUUUCAAAAUGAUUUAGCCAUGUUUCUAAGAUCAAGAUCAGAAGAAAUGAAAAGAGGUGGAUCCAUGUUCUUAGUUUGCUUGGGGAGGACUUCUGUGGACCCUACGGACCAAGGUGGGGCCGGACUUCUCUUUGGUACUCAUUUUCAAGAUGCUUGGGAUGACCUUGUUCAAGAGGGCCUAAUCACUAGCGAAAAACGUGACAACUUCAAUAUUCCAGUAUUUGCACCAAGUCUACAUGACUUCAAGGAGGUAGUCGAAGCCAAUGGCUCCUUCAUCAUAAAUAAGCUCGAGGUUUUCCGAGGAGGAAGCCCUUUGGUGGUUAGCCACCCCGAUGACGCGGCUGAGAUUGGCCGCGCCCUAGCCAAUAGCUGUAGGAGCGUUAGCGGCGUUCUAGUUGAUGCGCACAUUGGUUAUCAACUAAGUAACGAGCUCUUCUCUCAUGUUGAAAGCCGAGCCACAACCCAAGCUAAGGAGCUACUAGAAAAUCUUCAAUUCUUUCACAUAGUGGCAUCUCUUUCUUUAGCUUAGUGAAAAAGGAAUGAGAGAGAGAGAGAGAGAGAGAUGUGCAUAAUAUAGGUGGGGAAAGGAAUGUGUUUUCCUUCACUUUUGUCUCCUUUUGUACCUUAAUCCAAACAAAAUAAAUGAAGUUAAGGAAAAUAUUUCAUUCCACU